AUGACGGCAACAGCAGCAGCUGCUGCAGUGACAGGAGGUGGUGGAGAGGGUGCUCGCAAGCGCCACGUUCACACCAGCAGCCAAUCGUCGAGUAAAGACACCACUGCGACGACCAAGACUACUACUUCUGCUUCAAUUAAUAGUAAUAGUAACAAUGACAACACAUCUCAGGCAGCCCGUCUUCGUCAAAGCAUCGCACAGGAGAGCAAGAGAGAGAAGCUGCAACAACGUCGGAUCGCUCGCAUGUCAGCGCAGUCUCAUUCUUCCAUUCAAAAGUUCUACUAUGCUCUGGUUCUGAAUGCGCUGUUGGUGUUUAUGGGUGGGAUCCUGUACUUGAAACCGAGCAUCUUUUUCAAGUCGAUGAAAAAGAAUCCUGGUUUCAAAUGGCCUCCUCAUCAUUUGGCCAUUGUCUAUCCAACGGGGGUUUCUCCUCGUCAUGAUUUACCACGCUUCUUGAACCAAUACGCCCUGGCAACCGAUGAAAACAAGGCUACUAGAGACGCCGUCCGCCAUUUAGUGGGGCUCCGACAAACUCUUAAACCCUUUCAAAUAUUUUUCACAGGGUGGGAACGGAAAAAAGUACCAGGUAAAUACUCCAUGGACGACUAUUGCGGUGCUGGAUUUGAACAAUCCUUUGACAGGGCUGUCGAACGAAACUCCCACAGACAUGCCGAAGACUUGCUGCAUUGGUGCUUGCUUCAGACAUACCAAAAUGAUGGAUUUCUAAACUGGAAUGUCACCAUGAAACGAUCGCCCAUCAGCAGAAAUCUACACUACACGGAAUCAGAUAUCAUGAAAGGAAUUGUCAUGAAACAUGCCAUGCACAAUGCGGUCCAUCCCGCCCUAUUGUGGCUUCCCAAGAAACGAGUACAACAACAACACGAACAAUCUUCAGCACUAGUAGAGGACACCACAACAAAUCAAAAAGGACCCGCAAUGAAUCGACCGCUAGGCAUGACCACGUUUGACAUGGACUCGCAAGUGCCCGCCAAGCUCUUGCAAUGGCUCAUUCACACAGCUCCCACGUUGGAUGUUUGGAGCUAUCCAAAAGCUGUGGAAGAGUACAUGUGGCAGUUAAUUUCAGCAGAAGGAGAAGACAAGUGGACGGUACUCGAUGCCGUCUGUGACCACUAUGGGGAUGAUGAUGAUGCUGCUACACGACAACAAAUGCAAGUCAAAUACCAAAAUAGAAGAAUCAUGGCAGAGGAUUGUUUGCGGGGAGAAACAUCCUGCUGUGUGAUAUACAUGCCCCAGGAGGAGGAGGAUCCCAAGGCGGGGGCCAAAAGCAAACUUCGAGGAUCCUCUUCGGAUUCUCGUGAUUGA